AGCUAGAGAGGAGGAGGAGGGGGAGAGGCAGAGGGAAACCCAGCCCACCCUUUGGCUUCCUCCUGCCUCCUUCUAAAACUUUCAGAUUCCUCCAGCCUGUGCAAGCGCCUGAAGUUCCCUGAGCCGUGCUGCCGGGACUGCGAGGUCUGCUGAAAGAUGAGGGCCUGGAUUUUUUUCCUUCUCUGCCUGGCAGGCAAAGCCCUGGCAGCACCGCAGGAGGCUCUGCCCGAUGAGACAGAGGUCAUCGAAGAUCCCACCACAGAGGAGACUGUGGGGGCUAAUCCUGUCCAGGUGGAGGUGGGAGAGUUUGAGGAACCCACGGAGGAUGUAGAGGAGAUUGUUGCAGAGAACCCCUGCCAGAACCACCACUGCAAGCACGGCAAGGUGUGUGAGGUGGAUGACAACAACUCGCCCAUGUGUGUGUGCCAGGACCCCUCCAGCUGCCCCGCCACCGCCGGCGUCUUCGAGAAGGUCUGUGGCACUGACAACAAGACCUACGACUCCUCCUGCCACUUCUUUGCCACCAAGUGCACCCUGGAGGGAACCAAGAAGGGACACAAGCUGCACCUGGACUACAUUGGGCCUUGCAAAUUCAUCCCUGCCUGCCUGGACACAGAGCUGACCGAGUUCCCCCUGCGCAUGCGGGACUGGCUCAAGAACGUGCUGAUCACGCUGUACGAGCGCGACGAGGACAACAACCUGCUGACCGAGAAGCAGAAGCUCAAGGUGAAGAAGAUCCACGAGAACGAGAAGCGCCUGGAGGCCGGCGACCACACCGUGGAGCUCCUGGCCCGGGACUUUGAGAAGAACUACAACAUGUACAUCUUCCCUGUGCACUGGCAGUUUGGGCAGCUGGACCAGCACCCCAUUGAUGGGUACCUGUCACACACGGAGCUGGCCCCGCUGCGUGCCCCCCUGAUCCCCAUGGAGCACUGCACCACUCGCUUCUUCGAGGCCUGCGACCUGGACAACGACAAGUACAUCGCCCUGGAGGAGUGGGCCAGCUGCUUUGGCAUCAAGGAGAAGGACAUAGACAAGGAUCUUGUGAUCUAAACGCUCGCCUCCCUGCUCUGCUGCCAACUUUGUCAUGUUUUAACCUUCCCACUUCCUUUGGUUUUUAAACUGCUUUUGUUUUGUUUUGUUUUUCCCUGGGAACAAGGUGCUAUUAUAGGUCUAAACAUAUGUAGUAACGGUGCUAAGAGAAAUAACAGUCCUCAUUCAUAGCCUUAUCUAUCACCACUAGAUUACUCACCCAACUGUUUCCACAAGCUCUUACCAGCCUUUUCUCUCUCCUAGUCUUUAUUGCUGAUUGUUCCUGUGCUAAAUAUCCGCUCUGCCUCACCAUCCGCUCUCUCUGGGAUGGACUUCUCUUAACUUCUCACUAACAGCACGUUCCUGGACACUCAGACACAAAACCCUCUCAGCUGAUUCACCACCCCAGGCACAGAUGCCAGCGAGGGAAGGCAGAGCCAGAGGAUGUAGGAGGACUGGGUUCUCAAGCAGAGCAGCUGUAGGUGACAUUGUGGCCACCCAGCUCGUGGUAGGAAGGAUGGAGAGGGGUGAGAAAGACAGAGAGUGGUAGGAUUUUGUUUUCCUUUUUUUUUUUCCCCUCCCAUUCCCAGGGUUUGAAUUUAGCAGUUACUGGGCACAAAAAAAAAGAUAAACGGAACAAUUGAAUAGGGAAGCGCACAGAAUUUAAAACAAAUAAAAUGAAAUUAUUCCCAUCCUGUAAAAUCCUCUUGAAUAAUAAAGGUUUGAAAGUGC